AUGUCUAUCGCCACAGUCGCACAAGCAAAAGAUGUGCGGGGCCUCAAUCUGGUGGCCGCACACUCACACAUCACCGGUCUGGGUCUGGAGCCCAAUUCGCUGACUCCCAAGGAAAACGCCCAGGGAAUGGUGGGCCAGGUCAAGGCUCGAAGAGCAGCAGCAGUGGUGCUUCAGAUGAUUAAGGACGGCAAGAUUGCCGGUCGGUCUGUGCUUCUCGCCGGUCCUCCUUCCACCGGAAAGACCGCCAUUGCCAUGGGUAUUUCUCAGUCUCUUGGCUCUGAUGUUCCUUUCACUUCUUUGGCUGGUUCCGAAAUCUACUCUCUGGAGCUGUCCAAGACUGAGGCUCUCAACCAGGCCUUCCGAAAGUCCAUUGGCGUGCGAAUCAAGGAGACCACAGACAUCAUCGAGGGAGAGGUGGUGGAGAUCCAAAUCGACCGAAGUCUGAGUGGAGGACACAAGCAGGGUAAGCUGACCAUCAAAACAACAGACAUGGAGACUAUCUAUGACCUGGGACACAAGAUGAUCGACUCGCUGAGCAACGAAAAGGUGACUGCCGGCGACGUCAUUUCCAUCGACAAGGCAUCUGGCCGAAUCACCAAGCUCGGACGAUCUUUUGCUCGAGCUCGAGACUACGAUGCUCUGGGAGCUGACACCAAGUUUGUGCAGUGUCCCGAGGGCGAGCUGCAGCAGCGAAAGGAGGUGAUCCACACUGUAUCCCUGCACGAGAUCGAUGUCAUCAACUCUCGAUCCCAGGGAUUCCUGGCUCUGUUUUCUGGAGAUACCGGAGAGAUCCGACCUGAGGUGCGAGAGCAGAUCAACACCAAGGUUGCCGAGUGGAAGGAAGAGGGUAAGGCCGAGAUUGUGCCUGGUGUCCUGUUCAUUGAUGAGGUCCACAUGCUCGACAUGGAGUGUUUCUCGUUCAUCAACAGAGCUCUGGAGGACGAUAUGGCUCCCAUUGUCAUCAUGGCCACCAAUCGAGGUCAGUCUACCACCAGAGGAACCGACUACAAGUCUCCUCACGGACUGCCCGUCGAUCUCCUCGAUCGAGUCAUUAUUAUCCCCACUUCUCCCUACUCCCCUGACGAGGUGAAGCAGAUUCUGCAGAUCCGAGCCAACGAGGAGGAGGUUGAACUGAGCCCCGAGGCUCUGGAGAUUCUGACUUCCAUCGGAGCCGAUACCUCUCUCCGAUACGGAUCCAACCUGAUUUCUGUGUCUCACAUGCUGGCCCAGAAGCGAAAGGCCAGCAGUGUGGGCUUAGAGGACGUGAAGCGAGCAUACUCUCUGUUUUUGGAUACCGCUCGAUCCGUGCAGUUUCUGUCUUCUUCUAACAACUACGUUGGUGAGGACGGAACCGCUAAGCUGGGUGAGCGAGAGAAGGAUGCCAUGGACACCUCGGCUUAA